CUGUAUGGACGUAGAGAAUAACGGUCGAUUUUUAAAAUAUUGAGAGCUUUUGCGUUAUUUAUUGCGAAACUAGUGCGUUUUGACAAAGUGUCUAGCGUUGUUAAUGUGUUUUAUUUGUAUAAACGAGUUGUUUUUUUGUGAAAAUUUAGUGCGUCGGGCGUAAAUAGGUUGUGGUGCGACGGCUGACUUGAGUUUUAUUUUUAGUUUGGCUUGUUUAGUUGUGUGCGUGACGGGAUCUCAAUUUAGCGUUGUAUUUAUGUGUAAAACAUGGACAAGUCUUCAAAUAUGAAAAUGAGAAAGAAGAGAAAAACUAAAUCGUGAACAGAUUUAUAAAUCUUAAAAACCAAAGAAGGCAUUAAAAUUCUAAUAAAAUAUAAAAUAAAGAAUCUAAACAAACUUGAACCAGACAGGGACUGGGUUCUUUAUAGUGGCUUCAAAGUGAACAAAUAUUAAAAAGGUAAAUCCGGUGCGUACAUAAAAAACAAUCUACUCGUUCAUAAACAAAUGCUCCGGCCCUUUUCGGAUAAACCAAUACAAAUAAGUAAUCGACAUUUAAGGUGAUUUUGUUCAAACAUUUUUGGGAUUGCUGCCUCUCAUUGUUUAUUUAGCUGCCUUUUAAACGAUAAAAUACAAAACGGUGAAAGAAUAAACAAAACUCAAUACCCAUAUGUCGUAAACACGGCCAUUAAAAAUUAAUUUAAAUACAGAACACUACGGCGACUUUAAUAAAUCUGUGCGCGAUUAUUUUAAAUUAAGAUUAAUUAAAAAAUGUGAGAGAUUAUUUCUUCAAAAAAAGUCAAAGAAAUAAUUAAAAAACGAACACUAGUCUUGUAAUAUAUAAGAGCAUCGUGCAUGGUUUAAAAAUCGAGCUGAGCUUUGGAUUCCGGCAAUUUAAAAAAAUCAGCUAGUCGAACUUGCAUUAGCUAAUUCGUGUACAAAAGAGGUGCUAAACUUUCGUGUGUGAAUUUCAAUUGUGGUGUCAAAGUGGCUGGGGACGAGCAUUUGGACAUGUUGGGGGGCCCGGAGUGGGGUCAGCGGGAGACCACCCCCCCUAGAGACGCCCCCCUACCGAGCUUCGGGUUUACGCAGGAGCAGGUCGCGUGCGUAUGCGAGGUUCUCCAACAAGCUGGUAACAUCGAACGCCUGGGUCGCUUCCUCUGGUCACUGCCCGCUUGUGAACGCCUGCACGCUCACGAGUCAGUACUCAAAGCCAAGGCCAUGGUGGCCUUCCACAGAGGCAACUUCAAGGAGUUAUACCGGCUUCUUGAAUCGCACAACUUCAGCGCACACAACCACGCCAAGCUGCAGAACCUUUGGCUAAAAGCACAUUAUAUGGAAGCAGAAAGGUUACGUGGGCGACCACUCGGUGCGGUUGGCAAAUACAGAGUGCGUCGCAAGUUUCCACUACCCAGGACUAUAUGGGACGGUGAGGAGACUUCAUAUUGUUUUAAGGAAAAAUCCCGCUCAGUGCUCCGUGACUGGUAUCUUCAUAAUCCGUACCCCUCGCCUCGUGAGAAACGAGAGUUGGCUGAAACUACAGGCUUAACAACGGUUCAGGUGUCAAAUUGGUUCAAAAACAGGCGACAAAGAGACAGACAAGCAGAACACAAAGAUAGUGGCGGCACCGGUGACAAACAGUUGGACUCCUCAACCGACGACGACAGCGACGCACCACACGCGGCCACUGCGCAUGCGCCGCCCCUCUACCCGCUGUACGAGCACCCACUGGCGCACCUACAGUACCAUCACUCGUGACAGUACCAGUGAACAGCGCGAGCGUACUGAGCUCGCACCUUUUACAUGUCUUAACGUCUCCAUGCACCCGGGAAUCCGUCGAUUGCACAUGUCUUCUUCUUCUGUUCCUGGGCCUGGAGCACUCCUGGAUCAGCUAGAUGAGCUCACUGCAGAAGCUUAGCAGGCCGCCCAGGUCGCCGGGUGCUUCUUGAAGUGUUGCUGAGGAGCCAAGGUGGUCUGCGUUGCUCUACCGCUCCAUUACAUUGGAGCAUUAUGUGUAUCGGUGUUCCAUCCGUCUUCAUGCAUGCUCUGCACAGAGGACUGUCAGUUAUACCCAGUGGCGUGCACUGGGU